CUUGCUCAGCAACUGCUGUUUUUCCUUUUCUCGCUUUUUAUUUUAUUUUUUCAAGUUCAGUAUUCGAACUACGCACUGUCUGCCAGUUUCGAUAAUCCCGGAUCCCCUGAAAUAGUUUGAAAAAUAAUGAAGCUGACAUCCGAACCUCUUCCAGGUCCCAAAACCAGUGUUGUUGAUGCCUUAGCAGAAGCACUCAACUUGGGUGUUAGCAAUGCACGAUAUUUGGAGACAGCCCAGCAGAUUGAUCAUAAGGGGUUAGUGAGAAAGGCUGAGGAGCUACUGAGGAGCAGGAUAAAAGAGGAUGACCCACAAGCACCUUUUCUCUUAGGACAGCUCUUUUUUGAAGAGCAGCAUUAUUGGGAUGCAUUAGUACAAUUUGAAAGAAUCAAGGAUAAGGACUUCCAGGCACUUUAUCAACUGGGAGUGAUGUACUUUGAUGGCCUUGGGACAAAGGAAGACCAUAAAAAAGGAGUGGAAUAUAUGAUGAAUAUUGCAGCCUCUGAAAGCCCUAAAGCCAAACAUUUAAAAUUUGCUGCACUGUUCAAUCUUGGAAAAGCAUACUUUGAAGGAUAUGGUGUUAAGCAAUCAGAUGAAGAAGCUGAAAGAUUGUGGAUUGCUGCUGCAGAUGAUGGAAAUCCAGAAGCAAGUGUGAGAGCUCAGAGUGCCUUGGGGAUGUUCUUCUCUAGACCAGAAACAAAAAAUUUAGAAAAGGCAUUCUACUGGCAUUCUGAGGCCUGUGGUAAUGGAAGUUUAGAGUCACAAGGUGCACUUGGAGUUAUGUAUCUUUAUGGAUUUGGAAUAAAGAAAGAUAUCCAAUCUGCAAUGGAAUGUCUGAAAGAAGCAUCGGAACGAGGAAAUAUAUAUGCACAGAGUCAGCUGGCUGUUUGUUACUAUAAGCAAAAGCUGUAUACGAAAGCUGCUGAGCUAGCCAAAAGUGUUGCCCAGAAUGAAGAUGUUGCUGCAAUUGGAAGAGCCACAGAUUGCCAACCCAGGUACAUAGCCAAAGGAAUUGCACUUGCUGCGUUUUAUUAUGCCAGAUGUUUGCAGCUUGGUUUAGGCAUACAGUCAGAUGAAGAAGAAGCAAAAAAGUAUUUUUCAAAGGCUUGUCAAAUGGAUCCAGAUGUGGCUGCAGAUCUUCAGUUUGAUAUUAUCUUCAGCAUUGUGUAGCAAAUGCAGAAUUAUAUGAAACCUGGCCAAUCUCUACAGUUCAGAGUAAUCAGCACAAUUGGUAACUGGAUUGUCUUUAAGUCAACAACAAAGAUCAGUGUAUUUUCUCAGCUGUGUCCUUCUGUACAUCUACAAAGAAACAAAAUGACUUUCAAAUAGCAAACUACCCUUUCCUAACUACCAGCUGUCAGUUUACUUCUUGGCAUUGGAAUUGUUUUUAUGCAAUUAAAAUCAUCUCAACUUUAA